AUCUACUUUACUUUCUUGUUUCCAGUCCUCCAGAGAAAAUAACAAUGUUAAGUGCUAAGAAACUCAUCAAGAUGGCCAGGAGAUGGCAGAAGUUUGCGCGUAUGCAGAGGAAGAGGAUUUCACUUCCAAGAAAUGGCAAUGAUUGUAGUACAUCUUCAUCGUUUACAGCCGGAAAAGGCCAGUUUGUAGUGUAUACAGCUGAUCAAAGGCGCUUUGUCAUUCCAUUGGCUUACCUGGAAAAUGAGGUCAUUUUGCAACUUUUAAACAUGUCUGAAGAAGAGUUUGGCAUGCCAAGUGGAGGCCCUAUUACAUUACCAUGUGAUUCAGUCUUCAUGGAAUACAUCAUUUCACUAAUCAAGAAAGGUGCAGCUGCUGAAGAUCUUCAUAAAGCAUUGCUCCUCUCAGUUAAUUCAUGUUGUUGUUCAGCUUCUUUGCACCAAGAAUGGGGAAACCAGCAGCUCCUUGUUUAUUAGUCUGAUAGAUCAAAACAGAUUGUAUAGU